UAUUAAUUAAGGAAUAUAAGACAAAAUCACACGUUGAUCGGUGUAUUUAAUAUUCAUUUUAAUAUUAUAUUUCUAAUUUUAGUUAUUUUAUUAUCUAACGGUCCCUAGGACGUUCGUUGGCUUUUGUGCAUUAUAAUUAGUGUUAUCUUUUGUGGGGCCUUUUGAAAAAAAAACCAAUUUUAAUUAAAUAUAAUUAGGAAAAAUAAUAUCAACAUCUUCACAAAAAAAAAAAAAAAAGUAUCUUCUCUUCUUUCUUCCUCAACAACCUUCUACAAAAAUACGCAAUCAAUAUUUUCUCUCUCCUCCCGUUUUAAUGGCGGACAAUAACCAACAACCACCAGUAGUUCUAAUCACUGGUUGCUCAGAUGGCGGCAUCGGAAACGCUUUGGCACGUGCUUUUGCGGCGGAAAACUGCCACGUGGUAGCCACUAGCAGAUCUCUGACAACCAUGUCAUCAUUGGAACAAGAUCCUCGUAUUACAGUCAAAGAACUGGAUGUGUUAUCCGAGGAUAGCAUAAAUCACGUGAUUUCCAGCAUUUUGGAUAAGUUUGGAAGGAUUGAUAUUCUUGUUAAUAAUGCUGGUGUUCAAUGUGUUGGUCCUCUUGCUGAGAUCCCUAUUUCUGCUAUGCAACGAACAUUUGAUACCAAUGUUUUUGGUACCAUGAGAUUGAUACAAGGGGUGGUUCCGAACAUGGCGUUGAGAAAAAAGGGAAAGAUAGUGAAUGUUGGGAGUGUUACUGUAUUGUCACCUUUACCAUGGGGAGGUGUUUAUACAGCGUCAAAAGCUGCUAUACAUGCUCUUUCAGAUUCUCUAAGGUUAGAGCUUGGGCUUUUAGGUAUUGAUGUUAUCAUUGUUGUACCUGGUGCUAUCAAAUCAAAUAUAGGGAACACCGCCAUUGCUACCUAUAGCCAAUUUCCAGAGUGGAAGCUAUACAAGCAAUAUGAUGCAGCUAUACGCGAAAGAGCUACCAUUUCCCAGGGCCCUAAGUCAACACCAGCAGAAGAGUUUGCAAAGAAAACUGUCACUCAGAUAAUGAAGAAAAAACUGCCUGCUUGGUUCUCCUAUGGCCAUCAGUCCACUGUGAUGAAAAUUAUGUAUUAUAUGCCAAUCUUUGUCCGGGAUUUCAUUAUGCGGCUUGUAAUGAAAUGCUGAUUUGUUAGUAUAAGAAUUUUGUAUUACUCCUUUUAACGUUGAUUGAUGCCUCCAUUGAUCAUAGCUACGCGAGUCUGGUGAUCUGGUCUAGUAUUCUGCUCACCCAAAGUUUCUCAACAAUCUUGGUGUAAUCAUCCUGCCUUAUGGCGAAUUACCAGCAGGCUCAGGUGUCAUUCGCUUCACAAAAAUUGGGUUACCUUCGCUGCCUAUCAGGACAAUAACAGAGGAUCAAAGGAAGCCUCGCUUUUGUUAGUUUAUUUAGCAAAAAAUUGAAUGCAUAACCACAAGGGUACCUUCAAAAUUAUGUUCAUAACUUAUUUUGAAAUAGUGUUUGUACCAAUAUAAAUGAUCAAUUAAUCCCCUAUUAACAAAAAAAAAUUAUUAGGGUUUUUUCUUGGUUCCUUUUAGAGUUUCUCUCUUGUGAGGGUUUUCCUAGCCUCCAUUGCUAGAUUUUUUCUGUUUUUUUUUAAGGUUUUCUUCUCUCUUUUCUCUCCAUCUCCUUUCUUCUUGGUCUCAAUUGUGAAUCGAAGCUUCUACUGGUAACCAAAAAACAUUUUAAUUGCUUUCACUAAAUAGAUCUCAU